GGAGCCGCGGGGGGCGGCGGGGCGCGAGCCACGGGCCCCCGCAGCCCCGCGCUGCGAUGCUGACGCCCCGGCGGCGCCCAGGGCGCGGCGCGGGCCGGCGCUGAAAGUUGCGCGCCCGGCGGGGACCCGCGCAGGGGACCCCGGCCCGCGGAGACCCGACCCCCAGGUCGCCGCCGAGGGGGGGCGGGGCCGGCCGGCCGCCGAUUCCCGGGGAGGGCGCGCCCCGGACUCCCCUCCCCGCGCCCCCGACGCCGCCCGCGCCGCGGGAUGUAGCAGCGCCCGCCCGCGGCCCCCCGGACUGUCGUCGGACCCUGCGCCCCGCGGCCCUGCCUCUGCCCAGGUGACCCACCACGCCGGCCUCAGGCCAUGCACGGGCACAGCCGCAACGGGCAGGCCCACGUGCCCCGGCGGAAGCGCCGCAACCGCUUCGUCAAGAAGAACGGGCAGUGCAACGUGUACUUCGCCAACCUGAGCAACAAGUCGCAGCGCUACAUGGCCGACAUCUUCACCACGUGCGUGGACACGCGCUGGCGCUACAUGCUCAUGAUCUUCUCGGCCGCCUUCCUGGUGUCCUGGCUCUUCUUCGGCCUGCUCUUCUGGUGCAUCGCCUUCUUCCACGGGGACCUGGAGGCGGGCGCGGCGGCGGGCGGCGGCGCGGCGGCGGGGGGCGCGGCGGCGGCGGGGGGCGCAGCAGCGGCGGCGGCAGCGGCGGCGGCAGGGGGCGCCGGUAGCGGGGCGCCGCCCGCCGCGCCCAAGCCCUGCAUCAUGCACGUGAACGGCUUCCUGGGCGCCUUCCUCUUCUCGGUGGAGACGCAGACCACCAUCGGCUACGGCUUCCGCUGCGUGACCGAGGAGUGCCCGCUGGCCGUCAUCGCCGUGGUGGUUCAGUCCAUCGUGGGCUGCGUCAUCGACUCCUUCAUGAUCGGGACCAUCAUGGCCAAGAUGGCCCGGCCCAAGAAGCGCGCGCAGACGCUGCUCUUCAGCCACCACGCGGUCAUCUCGGUGCGCGACGGCAAGCUGUGCCUCAUGUGGCGCGUGGGCAACCUGCGCAAGAGCCACAUCGUGGAGGCGCACGUGCGCGCGCAGCUCAUCAAGCCCUACAUGACGCAGGAGGGCGAGUACCUGCCGCUGGACCAGCGCGACCUCAACGUGGGCUACGACAUCGGCCUGGACCGCAUCUUCCUGGUGUCCCCCAUCAUCAUCGUGCACGAGAUCGACGAGGACAGCCCGCUCUACGGCAUGGGCAAGGAGGAGCUGGAGGCCGAGGACUUCGAGAUCGUGGUCAUCCUGGAGGGCAUGGUGGAGGCCACGGCCAUGACCACGCAGGCGCGCAGCUCCUACCUGGCCAGCGAGAUCCUGUGGGGCCACCGCUUCGAGCCCGUGGUCUUCGAGGAGAAGAGCCACUACAAGGUGGACUACUCGCGCUUCCACAAGACCUACGAGGUGGCGGGCACGCCGUGCUGCUCGGCGCGCGAGCUGCAGGAGAGCAAGAUCACGGUGCUGCCCGCGCCGCCGCCGCCGCCCAGUGCCUUCUGCUACGAGAACGAGCUGGCGCUGCUCAGCCAGGAGGAGGAGGACCUGGAGGAGGAGGCGGCGGCCGCCGCGGCCGUGGCCGCCGGCCUGGGGCUGGAGGCGGGCACCAAGGAGGAGGCGGGCAUCAUCCGCAUGCUGGAGUUCGGCAGCCACCUGGACCUGGAGCGCAUGCAGGCCACCCUGCCGCUGGACAACAUCUCCUACCGCCGCGAGUCGGCCAUCUGAGCCGCGCCUCGAACGCGGGGGGGCUCCGGAGGACGCGGGAAGGGCCCAGGACGCCCCCCCACACACACGGUGCCCCGGCAACUGCCCCGCGCGGCGGCUCUGGGACCCCGACUCCCCUCCCCCCGCCCCGGGCGUGCCCCCUUUGCACUCAGAACCUCGGGGAAGGCGGCUGGACUGGGGGGGCGGGCGGGCGGGCGGGGAAGGGGGACGGGGGGGGGCGGCGGGAGGGGGGAGACGUUCCUUUUGCAUGACCAUUGCUGUUGCUCUUGACUUUUUUUUUUUUGUAAAUACCUAUCCGUGGGGACAGCUGGAGGGACCGGCCUCCUCACCUGCAGGGUGCCGGGUGGGGGGGUCCCCCUCGGCACCCUGCCCCCGCCCGAGAGGCCCUCCCGGUGGUGCUGGGUUUGGGUGCAGGGGUGGGACCCCGAGGGGCAGGAACCAGGUCCCUGGGGGGCCAGCCCCGGUUGCCGGUGGAGUUUGUAACUAUAUAUUUUUAAUAAAGGCCUCUGGUCCACG